CUCCAUUUUGUGGCCCGCCAUGGCGGCGGUGUUGAGGUUGCGGCCGGGAUGCGGCGCCUUUGACUGAGGGGGUAGGCCAGGCGAGGCAUCGGGGACGUCGUGCGGAGCAGCAGAGGACCGGCCCGGACGCCGGGGACGCUGUCAUGUACGGCGCGGGCGGGGGCCGCGCCAAGCCCGAGAGGAAGGGCGGCGCGAAGGAGGAGGCCGGGCCCGGCGGUGCGGGCGGCGGGGGCAGCCGAGUGGAGCUGCUGGUGUUCGGCUAUGCCUGCAAGCUGUUCCGGGACGACGAGCGGGCGCUGGCGCAGGAGCAGGGACAGCACCUCAUCCCCUGGAUGGGGGACCACAAGCUCCUGAUCGACAGAUACGAUGGGCGUGGUCACCUGCAUGACCUAUCUGCGUACGAUGCUGAGUAUGCCACUUGGAACCGAGACUACCAGCUGUCUGAAGAGGAGGCGCGGGUAGAGGCGCUGUGUGAUGAAGAGAGGUAUUUAGCCUUGCAUACGGACUUGCUUGAGGAGGAGGCAAGGCAAGAGGAAGAAUACAAGCGAUUGAGUGAAGCACUGGCAGAGGAUGGGAGCUACAGUGCCGUGGGGUUCACUUACGGCAGUGACUAUUACGACCCAUCCGAGCCAACAGAAGAGGAGGAGCCUUCAAAACAGAGAGAAAAAAACGAGGCUGAAAAUUUGGAGGAAAAUGAAGAGCCUUUCGUCGCCCCUCUAGGACUGAACGUCCCGUCUGAUGUGGAACUGCCACCGACAGCCAAAAUGCACGCCAUCAUUGAGCGCACAGCCAACUUCGUGUGCAAGCAGGGAGCACAGUUUGAAAUAAUGCUGAAAGCCAAGCAAGCACGGAACUCGCAGUUUGAUUUCCUGCGCUUCGAUCACUACCUCAACCCCUACUACAAGUUCAUCCAGAAAGCUAUGAAGGAGGGGCGGUACACAGUGCUGGCAGAGAACAAGAGUGAAGAGAAAAAAAAGUCAGGCAUCAACUCUGACAACGAGGAGGAGGACGACGAGGAAGAUGGGAGCUACCUGCACCCAUCUCUUUUUGCCUCCAAGAAAAGCAGUCGCCUCGAAGAGCUGAUGAAGCCCUUGAAGGUGGUGGACCCAGAUCACCCCCUGGCAGCCCUGGUCCGUAAAGCGCAGGCUGACAGCUCUGCCCCCACCCCACACACUGCAGAUGGGGCACCUGUGCAGCCCUCCCAGGUGGAGUACACGGCAGACUCGCCGGUGGCAGCCAUGUACUACAGCUACUACAUGUUGCCGGAUGGCACCUACUGCCUGGCUCCGCCCCCUCCAGGAAUCGACGUGGCCACUUACUACAGCACCCUUCCUGCUGGGGUGACCGUGUCCAGCUCCCCUGGGGUGACGACCGCUGCCCCACCGCCUCCUGGGACCACACCACCGCCACCACCAACCACAACCGAGGCGAGCAGCAGCACCGCCUCCUCCUCCACCACCACAAGUGCACUUGCUCCCGUGGCCGCCAUCAUCCCCCCGCCCCCAGACAUUCAGCCUGUGAUCGACAAGCUGGCAGAGUACGUCGCUAGGAAUGGCCUUAAAUUUGAGACCAGCGUUCGUGCCAAGAACGAUCAGAGAUUCGAGUUCCUGCAGCCGUGGCACCAGUACAAUGCCUAUUAUGAGUUUAAGAAGCAGUUCUUCCUCCAGAAAGAAGGUGGCGAAGGCACACAGGCUGUGGCAGCCCCAGAAGAGGCCCCUGCAGAAUCCACUCCUGAAAAGCCAGGCGAGACUGGGGAGGAUGGCGUGCCAGAGGACACAGGCGAGGCAGGAGGAAGAAGCUCGGGUGGGAAGAAGGAAGCAUCGUCCAGUAAGAGUGCCGCAGACGGGAAGCUGGUGAAAGCUUCAUUUGCUCCAAUAAGCUUUGCAAUCAAGGCCAAAGAAAAUGAUCUACUUCCCCUGGAAAAAAACCGAGUUAAGCUAGAUGAUGACAGUGACGAUGACGACGAAGAAAGCAAAGAAGGCCAAGAAAGUGCUAGUAGUGCCGCCAACGCUAGCCCAGCCGCGGCCCCGCCUUGCGUAGUUGUUGAGGAAAAGAAGCCCCCGCUUACCCAGGAGGAGCUAGAAGCAAAGCAAGCAAAGCAAAAGCUGGAGGACCGCCUUGCUGCUGCUGCCCGGGAAAAGCUGGCCCAGGCAUCCAAGGAGUCAAAGGAGAAGCAGCUUCAGGCAGAACAAAGGAAAGCAGCCUUAUUUUUGCAAACCUUAAAAAAUCCUCUGCCAGAAGCAGAAGUUGGAAUUGAGGAGAGUCCUUUCAGUGUAGAGGAAACCAGUGCUGUGCCCUGUCCUGUACUGACUGCAGGCAGACCUCUGCCUACUUUAGAAGUAAAACCACCAGAAAGGCCUUCAAGCAAAAGCAGAGAUCCACAGAGAGAAGAAGAAAGAGAAAAGAAAAAGAAAAAGCACAAAAAACGGUCUCGAACUCGGUCGCGCUCUCCCAAGUACCACGCAUCCUCCAAGUCCAGGUCUAGGUCACACUCAAAAGCAAAGCACUCUCUUCCCAGUGCCUACCGGACAGUGCGGCGGUCGAGGUCACGCUCCCGGUCCCCUCGGAGGAGAGCUCACUCCCCAGAGAGACGGCGGGAAGAAAGGAGCGUGCCCACUGCCUACCGGAUGAGCAGCAGCCCUGGGGCCAGCAGGAAGCGAACGCGCUCCAGAAGUCCCCACGAGAAGAAGAAGAAGAGGCGGUCGCAGUCGCGGACCAAGGCCAAGGCGCGGUCGCAGUCGGCGUCCCCGAGUAAGCAGGCAGCCCUGCGACCUGCGGCCCACUCGGCCCACUCGGCCAGCAUCUCUCCUGUGGAGAGCCGGGGCUCCAGCCAGGAGCGCUCCAGGGGCGUUUCUCAGGAAAAGGACGGUCAGAUCUCGUCGGCAAUCGUUUCUUCUGUGCAGAGCAAAAUCACUCAGGAUCUCAUGGCCAAAGUAAGAGCGAUGCUCGCAGCUUCCAAAAACCUGCAGACCAGCGCCUCCUGAGGCAGCCCCGGGAGCCACUGGUGGUGCCCGCGCUCCCAGCAUCUGCACAGAGGCGGAGCCCAGAAGCAAGCUGGCUGCUGGCGAGCCCGUGGCAGAACCGUCCAGGCGCACCUCCCGGACUCCCUGGGACAGUCGGUGGCUUUUGUAAAUUAACUUUUGAUGACAUUUUCAGUUUAAGAUUUUUGACCAGCAGUCUCCUACUUGUAUAUUUGUAAAUAAUAUCAUGUUUCUGUGAAAAUGUAUUAUCAAAUAAAACGGGAAGCAACCCUUUUCCAUCUGGCA